UGAACAAAGUGGAAGUGGAAUGUGCCUGCUUGUUUACAUUUCGUUCUGUUUUUACCAUAUAUGUAAAUGUGUAUUUUGCCAGUGAGUUGUACGACCACAGUUGUUGAUUGUGCUUACUUGCGAACAUUCAACAUUGCGCUUUGAAUGUGCGAACAUAUCUUUAGUACGCAUGGCAAUUGGCAUGUUUAGUAGGCAUGUCGGGCACCAUACCAUUUGAAUCAUGGUGGUAGCUUGCCUUGCUGUGUAGCCUAAUGUAAUGAGAGUUGAGAGAGAUCCAUUCCACGUUAAACCGACAGAAAUAACUGUAAAUGGACCGUGGAGGAAGAGGACGUGGAGGAAGGGGGAGGCGAGGUAAUCGUGUAGAGGACAAGGAUGUCCGCCUCUCCAAGUCUUUGUCCUUUGCCCUGCGCCAUGGAGCCAAUCAAAUGGGACUUCACAUGAAUCCUGAUGGCUUCCUAUUUGUGGAGGACCUACUGGCUCAUGCACAGUUCCAUGCCUUCUCAUUGGAGGAUGUGGAGAGAGUUGUGGCCACCAAUGACAAGCAGCGAUUCAAGCUCCGCCCUCACCCUGAGGACGGACGGCUGCAGAUCCGAGCCAAUCAGGGACACUCUGUGCAGGUGUGUGAUCUGGACCUGAAGGCUGUACACCCGGGUUCUCCUGAUUGUCCCAGGGAGGGAAUCCAUGGCUCCUAUCUCCGCCUCUGGCCCUCCAUCCGCUCCGAGGGCCUCAGCCGCAUGAACAGAACACACAUACACCUGGCCCUGGGCCUACCGGGGGAGGACGGGGUCAUCAGUGGCAUGAGGAGAGACUGUGACUUGGCCAUAUUCAUUGACGUCCCCAAAGCAUUGUCUGAGGGUAUCCAGUUCUUCUGGUCGGAGAACGGUGUAUUGCUGACACCUGGGGACACUGAGGGGAAACUACUUCCCCGAUACUUCAGCCGUGCCCUAAAACUAAUACCCACACAAAUCUACUGUUUCAGAGAGUAUUCUGCCACUGGAGUAGGUGAAGAGGGUUAUCUGUGCUUUGGAGGUAAAGACUUGGCUGAAUUUGUCACCAGACGGCUGUUGAUUUCCAGUUCUAUCUAGACUGUUUCCAUGGUAACCAAUACUGUUCGGGACCAGAACCCUGAAGACUCUGGGUGAAUAAGACUGAGACUGAAAACACCCUCAACAACAGCUCAACAACAACUCAACAACAGCUCAACAACAACUCAACAACAGCUCAACAACAACUCAACAACAGCUCAACAACAACUCUAAUACCAUACAGGACACAGUACAGGCACAGAGACUGACUGGUGUUCCUGAUAAUAUUGUCACAUGACAAAGAUACAGAGGAUGCAUCAGAUGGGAACCAGCAGGCACAAGCUGUGGGUUUGCCAACCGACAGUCUCAACUGCUCCACAGAGACACACACACUGCCUGCGGCUUCAUGUGCCGUCAGUCACAUUUCAGGAAACUCUGCCAUCAUACUCUUAAGGACACAACCAUCAAGCCAAAUGCCUCAUCUGGAAAUUAAAACACCUGUCACUGUUUUAUAUAUGUCAAUAAACAUAUUUAAUUCUGGAUUUCAGAAUUGACAACUC